AUGAGCCUCUAUCGUGGCAUUAUCAGCCAACCGUACGUGGAAGCAAAAAGAAGCGUACUUGAACUCGAAUUCGAGUCCCCUUAUGGCUAUAACGCCCAGUAUGCCUCCUGGAGCAACGCACGUACUCUCAUUUGCAAUGCUCGUUUCUUUAAUCUGUGCUUUUCUGGCCUCCUAAUUGCAAUGAAGUUGGGUAAGCCGGAGUGUUAA